AUGGGCCCAAAGAAAUAUACCAAGUUUCAUGAUAACAGAUCAUCAAAGACUUUGGGAAAUGCCUCUAUUAAACUUCAGAAAAAAAUAGGUCCAGAUGGUGACGAGAUAUAUGAUACGGCAGGGCAAUCAAAAUUUGUCCUUAAGAACCUUAAACACUACACAGUCCAUCCAAAUAUGGCCAAAUACUAUGAGCCUUUGAAGCCCAGUAAACUGCAAAGAUUCCUGACUCAAAGGAAUAAAAUCAAUAGUUUCAUGAUGAAAGUGGCAGAGUAUGAUCAGGAUAUGACCUUACUGCUCAUGACCAACAACCCACCUCCCUGCUCUGUCAGCCAGGAGGGAAACGAUGGUGCUCUAAAAUACUUUCCUCCCGAGUUUCAGCUCAAGGAAACUUGCCAUCAGCACAAACCCACCAAGAACUUCUGCCUUCUCACAAUGCCUCAGAAAAAGAAGUUAAGACCAGAUCUGAAGUCAGUCUUCCCUAUGAUCCGGAUAGGUGACCCUACAGCGAAGGGACAACAGUGGUUUAGGUUUUCCACGGACAAUGAUUUCAAGACUGAAGGGAGGUAUUCCGAAAUCUAUGCUUUGAGGAAACAGAAAAAAAUGUAUCCUAAGCUCAUCUUCGCUCCAGUCUGCCAGAGAAGGGCAAAGGAAGCUGUUUCCAAGAAGUCAGAGGGUGAGUCACCAACUUCGCAAGUGCUCUGGGAACCACUGACAUUUUCAAAGCUCCUGGAAGUGAAGCCCACCAGAUGUGUGCCAGGAGAUAGCGUCUUUCGCUACGGGAGGGCCCAGCAGUGGGUUAUCAAAAAUGCCGCUGUCAUUAAGUGA